UAAAAAAGGACACUCAUUGGGAAUAUGAUGGCAUUCAUGCAAUUUCGUGCAAAAUCAUUGGACACUAAAGGGUAGGGAAACAUACACAGGAGAAGAAUAUUUUUUUUUGCUAUGUACUCUAUCGUCGGAGUCAUCUUCCUCGGUGGCACCCUGUCCUAUUCCUUCGUAGUUUUGCAGGCAGAUUUGUUAUAUCUUGGCAGUCAUUUUCUUCUGUGACACACUGCUCUUCUCCUUCACGGUUCUGCGCAUCAAACAACAUUCUCGACUCGUCUUCUAUCUGUUUGGUCCACCCAACUUGCCCUGUUAUUCUCUGAGAUCAACCGAAGCCAUUAAUGGCACCCAUGCCAUUUCACUCACUCUCGCAUUUAUUUCAUCAACACUCUCCUUAGUACGACCUUUUAAACCGUCACACUCAUCGCCCGUUUCAUUAUUUCACAAGUAAACUUCCUCAUCAAAGCGAAGCCGUAGGGUCUGAUGCUAAGUCCCACAUCCCGAGGAUUUGUCUCCUAUCUCCUCUGCAUUGAUCUCUGAUUUAUAUUUAGAUAUUAUACUAUUUGGUUCCCUUGUUCAUGCUGCCGUGUUCUUCUCUAUGAGUUUACGAUUGAGUUUGUACUAGCAGAAGGCAUCAUUCAGGUCCUCUGGCAAAUUUCUCGCUGUCUUUGCCCUUUCGGGGAAAUCUGGCCCUGUUUAACCUAUGGUCUACAAUCUUCAUAGCUCUAAAAAGAACGAUAAGCAGCUUCGUCUCGGGUUUUUGUAUGGGAGUCUGUAAAACAAAAACAAAAAAAGGGAGAGAUCCCCUCCUCGCUUCAGGGCAUUCUAAAUUUGAGGCCUAUUCUCUAUUCCCUAUUCCCUAUUCCCCAUAAGGAUCUUCUUUAGAGUCUCUCGAUACAUUCAUGUGAGUUGUCUUUUCUUCCGUUGAACUUAAUACUUUAGUAGCUCAAAAUCUCAGCUAAUUUUCACGUUCAAAUUCCUUAAAUUUAGUGCCUGAUGCCACAGGCCGAUCCAAUGAGGCAUAUGUGCCUCUGUCUUCUGCUUAUUUCGUGGAUUUUGUCUAUCCCACGUACCCAUGAACUACAAGUUGCCCAGACCCAAGUCUUAUUACAGAUGAGGACGUAUUUUGAGUACCCCGCCUCGCUGCAAAGUUGGGGAAAUUAUCACGGUGACUUCUGUAACCUUUCUUCUUCUACACAUAUGAGCAUUAAAUGUCAAGAUAAUUCUGUAUCUGAGCUUAAAAUUAGGGGAGACAAAACUGCGAAGUCUGAUGAGUUCAAUGGAUUUGCAAUUCCCAAUCAAACGCUGUCGACGAAGUUCUCUAUUGAUUCUUUUAUCACCGCAUUAACGAAGUUGACCAACUUAAGGGUUCUUAGCCUGGUGUCCUUGGGAAUUUGGGGUCAUCUUCCGGACAAGAUUCACCGAUUAUCUCUGCUCGAAGUUCUGGACCUGAGCUCAAAUUUCUUGUUCGGUUCUAUCCCACCGAAAAUUUCCGCAAUGGUAAAGCUCCAUACACUGAAACUCGAUGGCAAUUAUUUCAACAACACAAUGCCCGAUUGGUUCGAUUCAUUGUCUAAUCUGAAUGUCUUGAGUUUGAAAACCAACACCUUGCGUGGUUCGUUCCCCUCUUCGUUGUGCAAAAUAAAGACACUCACCGAUAUUUCUUUGUCUCGCAAUGAGCUAUCUGGUGAAUUGCCUGAUUUGAGCGCUCUCAGUGGCCUGCGUGUUCUGAAUUUAAGAGAAAACCAUUUAGGUUCUGAACUGCCAAAGAUGCCCACAGGAGUGGUCACAGUUCUGCUAAGCAGUAACUCAUUUUCUGGCGAGAUACCUAAGCAGUUCGGUGAAUUGGGUCGGCUUCAACAUCUAGAUCUUUCGGCAAAUCACCUGAGUGGAAUACCUCCAUCUUCCCUGUUCUCAUUGCCAAACAUCAGUUAUUUAAAUUUAGGUAGCAAUGUGCUAAGUGGGUCACUUCCAGAUCGACUGAAUUGUGGCAGCAAACUUGGUUUUGUGGAUAUUGCUAAUAACAAAAUAAUUGGUGGACUUCCUUCUUGCUUGGCCAAUACGUCGGACAGAAGAGUUGUCAAAUAUGAUGGAAAUUGUUUGACUCUCGAUUCUCAAGGUCAGCAGCCAGGGUCUUACUGUGAAGAAACCAAGACGGACAGGAAGAAAUCGAUGGCGUGGAAAAUAACUGUAGCAGGGGCCAUUACUAUUGGACUUGUUCUUACCCUUGGGCUUUCGGUACUGGGAGUUUUCUUUUGUAGAAAAUGUCAGAGGAGAAGGACGGCUAAGCAUUAUUUGUUGUCAAAGACUGUGCAAGAUAAUUCCACUACACGGCUUUCAUCUCAACUCCUCGCAAAUGCCAGGUUCAUUUCUCAGGCGGUGAAGCUAGGGGCACAAACUACUUCAAUCUGUCGACCAAUGUCAGUUGAAGAGUUGAAGGAAGCCACCAGAAACUUUGACUCGUCAGCGUUUAUCGGUGAAGGCUCCUUGGGAAAGCUAUACAAAGGUAAACUGGAGAAUGGAUCCUAUGUGGCAAUACGAUCUUUGGCUCUGUCAAAGAAAUGCUCAAUUCAAAAUCUUAAAGCUCGGUUGGAUUUACUCUUAAAGCUUCACCAUCCAAAUUUGGUCAGCCUCUUGGGUCACUGUAUUGAUAGUUGUGAACAACGUGAUUCAACCACCAACAAACUUCAUCUUGUAUACGAGUAUGUGCCCCAUGGAACUUACCGUGCCUAUCUGUCAGAGUUCUCUCUAGAGAAGCCGCUCAAAUGGUCUGAUAGAUUGACAAUUUUAAUUGGCAUUGCCAAGGCUGUGCACUUUUUACAUACUGGGGUUAUUCCAGGUUGUUUUAGCAACCGAUUAAAGACGAACAGUAUUUUGCUUGAUGAGCAUUACAUUCCCAAAUUAAGCGACUAUGGAAUAUCCAUCCUUGGAGAAGAAAUUGAAAGGUUUGAGGCAAUGAGACAUGACUCAAAAUCAUGCCAAAGGGAACCGUUUGAGGAUGAUGUUUAUAACUUUGGAUUCAUAUUGCUUGAAUCACUUGUUGGACCCAUAGCUAGCGGAAAAGGGCAAGCGUAUUUUCUGAACGAGAAGGCAUCCUUCGGAAGUCAAGAUGGCAGAAGAAAAAUUGUGGAUCCCAUAGUGUUGACAUCUAGCUGUCACGAGUCCUUAUCAAUCGCAAUAGCUAUAACAACCAAAUGCAUAUCCCCGGAACUAUCUUCUCGCCCCUCAUUUGAGGAUGUCCUGUGGAACUUACAGUAUGCAGCUCAAGUGCAGGCCACAGCAGAUGCAGACCAGAAAUCAGAGUCUACGUCAUAACUCAAGAAUCAAGAUUACAAAAGGGGCAGAACAUGGGAUUCAAUUGGUUCAUAUCCUUCUCCAACAAAGUAGAUUUUUAAACCCCAGAAUCAGUAUCGGGAUCCAUAAGUAACUGCAGUGUCAGAUUUCAUUAACAGAUGUGAAGUUGUAAACGUUGUUUUUCAUGUCUUGCUAGGGUUUUGAUAGGCUAGAGAUAGAAAGGAUUUAUAUUCUUUUCAGAAACAGGAACAAGAGUUAAACUUCAGGUCAAUAAAGCCAGUCAUGAACCUGGUUAACUGCUGCUAACACGAGGUUGUAACCAUAUGAAGUAAGAGGAUUGGUAUAUUUCCCUAAUAACUAGCUUUGAUCAGCUUCCUGUC